AAGCGCAUUUUUGGUACAUGCGCAGUACAGUCAACAGGCCUAAUGUUGCUAAGCUGGGAGAAACGGCUUGUUUAGGUAGUGAAGGAAGGAGGUUCUCUUUCCAACUGUCUGUGAAAAUGAAGGGUCAACAGAAAAGCCCUGACCCUGAUGGAAGUGCACAUGUCAUUGAAGAAGGUGCAGUGGCUACAGCAGAGGACCCAUCAGCUGCCAUCGCCACCAUUCAGUCGGCUACUACCUUCUCCUCAGAGCAGCCCAUAAAGUAUCUAUUCAAGACGGAGGGAGCUGGGGGGCAGGUAGGGGAGCUGUACUACCCUCCCGCUGGGCAGGUGACAUACAGAGUCAUUCAGGUGUCUGAUGGACAGUUGGAGGCUCAAAGUGAUGGUGCCACAGCAGUGAGUGUGCUCACUGGAUUUCCUGCAGCCACACAGCCUGUGACCCAGGCUGUCUUCUCUCAGUCCGAGGGGCUGGAGGGGGAUGGCACUGAGACUCACUACACCUACUACCCUGCCACCAUCGCUGGUGCUUCACCAGGGACCAUGGUUACCAGUGUGGUACAAGCAUCUGAUACCCUGAUCAGUCAGAGCACUCCCACUGGGCAGUUGUAUGUGAUGAUGUCCCCCCAGGAAGUGCUAACGGGAGCCAACCAGAGGUCCAUUGCACCUCGUACACAGCCGUACAACACAAAAUCAGAGGUACCACGUACUUCUAGAGAUGACAAAAGGCGAGCCCAACAUAACGAGGUUGAACGUAGACGAAGAGACAAGAUCAACAACUGGAUCGUUACUCUCUCUAAGACUAUUCCAGACUGCAAUAUUGACCCUACCAAGUCAGGGCAGGUCAGUAUCAGCAAUGAGAGUAAAGGUGGAAUCCUCUCCAAAGCCUGUGACUAUAUUCAGGAGCUUCGACAGAACAACCUCAGACUAGGGGAUGACCUAAGCACUCUGGAGAGGCUCAGAAUGGACAACCAACUACUGAGGCAGGAGGCAGAAGACUGGAAAUUGAAGAACCAGAUCCUGAGGAACCAGCUGAGACAGAAUGGCAUUGUUGGAGCAGCAAGUGCAGACCCUCAGUGAGGAUCACUAUAGGGAGAGAAAAGCUUUUAAAUGAAUUGAAACGGAAUAUCUGGAGGAAUGGUAGAAUUAACAUGUAGUACUUUGGACAGAACCUUGGACCUCAAACUAGAAGAAAGGUCUCACUUCACCUCAAAAACAUCACUACAAAACCAGUAAGGAGUUUGCAGCUAGGUCAUUCAGUGGUCAAGUUUUACAAGCAUGUUUCCAAGUUGGGACGCUGCGUAAAAUGCUAAUAAAAACAGAAUGCAAUAAUGUGCAAAUCAAUUUACCCCUAUAUUUAUUCAAAAUAGUACAAUGACAACAUUCGCUGUCUUUAGCCUGGAGGAUGCAGUGUCCUUGAUUCAGGAAAAUAAUCUUACAUUUUGAUUUCGUCAGACCACAGGACACUUCGCCUCAGUCCAUCUAAAAUGAGCACAGGCCCAGAGAAGUCAAUGUCGUUUCUGGAUGUUGUUUAUGUAUGGUUUCUUUUUUGAAUUUAUGGAUGCAGUGACAUACUGUACCGUGUUCACAGACAAGGGUUUUUGUAAGUGUUCUUGAGCACAUGCAGUCAUGUGGUGAACCCCUCCACAUCCUCACUUCUGACAGGCCCAUCCUCUAUGGAAUGACCUUUUUUACCCAAUCAUGUGACUGACAUUUUGCCAACUGACCUAAUUAGUUGUGUGAUAUUCCACCAGGUUUUGUUUCUUACCAUUACACAAUGUUUCCAGUCUUUUGAUGCCUCUGUCU